AUGGUAUUAUCCUCUAUAUCGGAGAUGGGUAUGAUAGAUGUUGGAGUAAACCGAACCUACACUCUUCCAGAGUUUAUCAAUGAACAAGCGCUGGAUACAAAGCUCCUGGAUUUUAGGAACAUUAUCAGGGAUAGAGUCCUAGCAGCUUGCAAGUCCACCUUCCAGGCAGCAGGUUUCUGUGCAGAUAAAUAUGAAACUGAGCUAGAGGAACUACAGAACCGAAGUAAAUCAGAGAACAGUUCUUUAAUCAGUUCAAAGCGGAACGGAGAUGGGAGAAAGAAGGUUUCUUUCAUUGAGCAGGCCAAGAAGAGGACAGAUUGUUAUAGACUAGCCUGCUAUAUCAUGAGUAUUGAUCUUAUGCUCAUAUCAGUCCUGCAUAAGCUAGUAUUGAACUCUAUGACGACUAUCCAAGACUCUAUCCUUUACCGACUGGCUGGGGCUGAAGAAGCUAAACUGAAAGCAAAACAAGGAAAAAAGAAAAAACUACAGGGACGGAGUGGCGUAUCUGGUGAUAUAGCUGGGAACUCUGGACCUCCUCCUCUCUUCGUUACUCAUGUCGUCCUAAACCAUAAGGGAAUGAGUUUCAGUCCGAACAAGAUGGAUUUCGAGCACGGUAUGGAGGGUGUAGUGGCUAAACUAGAGGAAACAUUGUUGUGUAUAAAACCACUUGUCAUGGAUCCGGUUUUUUAUCCGUUCACUAGACCUGUACUGUACGGCAGGCAGGAGGAUCCGGUUUUCAAGCAUGGACCCUCUCUACGCCAUAUUCUGGACAAUGAUAUUACAAGUAGAAACCAGAUUAUACAAAUAUCAACAACUCUUCAACAAUCCUUCGACAUGGGAGCUGCUCAUUUAGAGGAGUUUGAUGAUAUAAAGAUGAACUAUAAGCGGAAUGAAACUACAGAUCUAGAGAGUAUAAUGUCUAGCAAGGCAGAUGUAGAAUUCUAUAAUACUCUUCUAGCAGACUUCAAGAACCAACGAGAGCGAACUAGGGAAUGUCAAAAGAACAAAUCUCAAUUAGACGUUGAACCAAAAUCAUCACAGGAUUUUGUUAAAAAUCUAGAAUUACUUGAGUCAAUGGAUGCUAGUAUUGGAGAUCUACGUGAACGGAUUAGAUUCGUAGAUCAUCUUUUCACACUGAUGGGUCAAUACCUAAUUCCUUUAACAGCUGAGGAUAUGGGACUACUCACCACAAUUAAAACCCAGCUCGAUGGACUUACUUCUUCAACGGAAACUAAGAAAGCUAACAAAUUUUCUCUUUUGGAAAAGUUCAAAGAAGAAUUGGCGAAUGAAGUUUCUAUUUUGAAAGAUUCUAUUUUGAAUAUAACUCAAGAAAUUGAAAGUCCUACUCUUCUUGACCCAGAGUCAACAUAUGAUGAAGUUAUUCAAACCAUAGAGAAGAUUCAGUCUUCCAUUGAUGUAGUAAAAAAGAAAGCUGAAACCCUUCAAAGCUACGAAGAACAAUUUGACUUUCCUCGCAAUGAGUUCUGGGAAAUUGAUAGCGCUGAAUUUAAUAUCUAUCAUCUGAAUCUCCUUUGGGAUUCCAUGGAGAAAUGGGAGGCGUGGUCUCAAAACAUUCUAGCAAUGGACUUUAAUCUUCUUUCAGUUGAUGAUUUUGUCACAACUAUUAUGAAGUUUAGUGACACUCUUGCAGAAUUAAAAGCCAAGGAUGAACCGAAUGAGGUUCUUACAUUGUUGACAAACAAGGUUUACAGUUUUAAAUCAAAGAUUCCUUGCAUAACCUAUCUAAGGAACCCGCAACUGAAACAAAGACAUUGGCUGAAAAUAGAGGAAAUAGCUGGUGAUGAUAUUUCACGAGGUGUUACCCUUGAGUUUAUUGAAGACAGGGGAGUGUUUGAAAAGGAAGAGGAAAUCAAAGUUGUGUGUGAUAAAGCAAAAGCUGAAGGGAAGCUUGAAGACCUUCUAAAUCACCUAGAAAAAAAGUGGCAUGAAUGUUCAUUGACUACCAUGAAUAAAAUGGGUUGCAAUGUUAUUGCAGAUUUUGCCCCUAUUUGGAUAAUGAUUGAAGAAAGCAUUGAAAUCAUUAAAGUCAUUGGAAACUCCAUGCACAGUGCUACACUCAGACCCCAGAUCAUGGAGUGGAGUGAAAAGCUUGAUAUGAUGGAAACCUCCCUGGAAAGGUUGGAUAUAAUUCAAGGAUUUUGGCUGGAUCUUGAACCUGUUGCUACCACUAAUGAUAUAAAAUGGCAUCAGCUUGAACUUUAUAAUACCUACAUGGAGAUAAGUUUAGAGUUUAAAGGGGUUUUGGAGAAAGUGACCCAAAAUUCAGAUAUUAUUAAAGCACUUACGGAUGAAACCGUGUCUCAGACCCUUGAUGAUCUUGAUGAUAAAUUCCUGGAUUUCUACAAGUUUAUGGAUAACUUACUGGAUCCAAAAAGAGCAAUGUGUCCACGCCUCUACUUCAUAAGUGACAAAGAAAUGAUCACUCUCUACCGAGAAGCCUCGAAUGACAUCAAAAAGAUUGAGCCUUACAUCAGAAAAAUGUUUAAAAAUGUUGAUGAAUUAGUUUUCAAUGAGGAACAAGAAGAGGACGAAUACAAGGUUAUCCACAGAUACAAUCCUCUUUUAAGUGGAUUUAAAUCUUCAGAAGGAGAAUAUGUUAAGUUUCACAGAGUUUUCAAAGCCAGGGGACAAAUUGACGAAUGGAUAAAAUUUCUUGAUCACUUUAUGAAAACGACUCUUAUCUUUCUCUGCAGAGAACUCAAGGCAAAAUCUAAACUAAGAAGAAAAUUGUUUGAAGAUGUCCUGGAUGAUCACAAGUACCCUUAUCAAGUUACAGCAAUUAUUGCUCAUUAUAUGUGGUGUGAAGAGCUAUUGAGCUUAAGUCGGAAAGGAAUCUCAGAAGUUAUUAUGGAUGUUCAUAACAUGAAAAAAAGAUUAACUAAAAAGCUUGUCAAGUUAAAUGAUAACAUUAUGAGCAUGUCUGGUCUGGAAAAGUUGAGAGCAAUUGCAAAAGUUCAGCAUAUCAUGUAUUGGGUCGAAUACCUAGAUAACUGGGAGGAUGAUCGUCAGGAAGAAAUAAUAAGAUAUGUUUGGGAUGAUGAAAAUAAUGAGGUUCUCAUUCAGAUUGACAAUGAUGUGUUCAGGUACGGAUAUGAGUAUGUAGGACUCUCACCAAUUUUUCAACCAACAGUUAUUGGUGGAAAUCCAGCAUUGGCCUUUAAAAUGGCCUUAAAAUACAACUUGAUCAUUGAUGCUUCAGAAAUGCACACAUUGAACAAACUUUCAAAGGUUUUUGGUACGAAUAUGAAAACCAUUCUUUGUAACAACCCAAAUAUGACUCUCAAAAUACAGCAACACUUAGUUGGAUCAAGCAUGAGUGGGUCUUGGAUAAAUCUGAAGAAUUUAGAUUCUGUAGAUCAGCAUGAUCUUACCAAGAUAUUUCAGAUCAUGCAAAGGUUAAGAAAUGCUAGGAUAUUUGGAAGUAAAACAUUUAUUUUCAAUGGCAAGGAUGUUAAACAGCUCCCAACUUGUCAGAUGAUCAUGAGUAAUGAACAUAUUAUGGGAAAUCUUAAAUUCUUUGGUCGACCUGUUACUUUUGAAGAACAGGAUGAAAGAACAGUUCUGAAAUAUGUUUUACUUCAGAAAGGAACAAGCAACACCAACAUGUUAGAUACUCUUCAAAACAUUGUCAAUGAUUGUAUUGAAGUAAAUAUCCAUGGAAUUUUUAAUAGGAUGAUGAAGGCUAUAUUUAGUACUGAAAGUAUUGAUCAGCUUGAUAUCAUUAAUACUUUUAUUAAGCUCUCUGAAUUUGAAAUGAAUGACAAUUUUACUUUCAUUGCCAAAAUAUGUCAAGCUUAUGUUCCAGAAUUAAAAGUUCCUGCAAGUGCUCCAGGAAGUUUUGAUGUGGAUACAGAUGACUGUUUACUAUCAGCUAGUUUACAAAUCUACAGUGCUUAUAAUAAUCAUCGAUUCAUUGCAGUUGUUGGUGAAGAGCAGGGAGUUGGUAAAACUUACCAUAUCAGCAAAGUUUUGGAGCAUAAAGAAAAGCAGGGAAAGGAAACCAUCAGAAUUUACCCUUUGUCCUAUGGAGCAAAGUAUCUUGUGCCAGGUACUAACCACUAUUCAGUUUCAAAAAUUCUAGGCUCUUUUCUGAAUGACAUUGGGGAAAAUGGCGGUACCAUCCAUUUUUGUGGUGCUUUGGAUGUUGAGUUUAGAAGCUGUUUGGAGACAAUUGCUCCAGAUUCUCCGUAUAUGCUGCUGGAGAAUGGAGAAUAUGCAACAUUAUCUUCAAAUCUGAAUUUUAUCUUUGAAGUAACUGAUCUAGAAUCUGAGUUGCCAGAUAAUAUAUCUGAACAAGUAACAUUAAUCUCAAUACCAAAUAAGAAAAUGGAAAUCUCCAUAAAGCUCUUCCAAACCUGGAUAGAUGAUUUGACCCUUUUAAAAAUGGAAGAUGAGGUAAAGGAAAUUGUCCAAAAACAUCUAAAGAAAUUUCAUAUCCUGUUAUGUAAAUCUUUGGACAUUCUUCAAAGAAAUUUCCCCAGCAAACUAGCACCUCGAUUUAUAUCUGCAACAGUCUCUAUUCUGAAGUUUUUCAAUGGACAACUGGAGUGGAUGAAAUGUGAAAUGAAUGAGUACAAUGUUGUAAGAAUCUAUAUGUACACUCUAGUCUGGUCUUUUUCUGGAUAUAUUAGCCAGGCUGAUAGAACAAAAUUUGUAGAACUUCUCCGAGAUGAAGUUGAGUCCUCUGGGUACUUCAAUAUACAGAUUGAUUGGGAUUUUGUGCAUGGCCGGAUUAAUCAGGAUGGUUCAAUCAACACUUGGGAGGAAAUUAAGUUCCUUCACCGGAGAGAAAAAACUGAAACUGGCUAUGUUAGUGUUGAAAGUCAAGAGAUUGCAAUAUAUCUUAUACUUCAGAACAUUCUUCACAACAGACACUGUUUGCUGAUAGGACCAUCAGGGUGUGGUAAAUCUACCAUAUUGAAGAAGGUUGUGGAUCAGAACUACAAAAUAAUAUUCAAGGAUCAGGUUGAAUUUUAUAUGACAGCAUCUACUACAGCUAGUCAGGUUGAGGAGCUUAUUGUUGAAGCAAUGAAACGAAGAAUCAAACCGUACAAGAUAUUACUUGUCCUCUACAAUGUUGAUUGUAAUAAUGUACAUCACCUGGAGCUUGCCAGAUCACUUUGUGAAAAUAGAAACAUCUAUCUAUCUUUUCAGAAAAGAUGGAUUACUCUUUCUGAUAUCACAGUUUGUAUAGAGUCUUCAUCAACAAUAUCAGCUGAUCCUCCCUCCAGUCUUCAAUCAUUGGUCUCAGCCACAGCUGUUGUUUCUCUAGAUGAAGAUUACCAGGAGCUUGAAGAUAUCUAUGAAUUUCAAUUUGCAUCAUUCUUUGAGCAAAUUCUAAUGAUUGAUCAAGAAGGAUUGAGUAAACUGGCAGCAAAGCUUAUCGUGUCCAUUUAUAAAGAUGCCCAAAAAGUGUCAAGUCUCUUUACUCGUCACAACAUCAUGAGAUGUUUCAGAGGAAUCCUAAAAGCUCACCCAGACAGAGUUACCAAUGAAGAAACCUUGCUUCAACUCAUCCAUCUUGAGCUUACUGCUGAGCUUCAGGAUUGUUUAGUCAAUGAUCAUCUCAGGAAGGCUUACAUUGACAUUCAUGAAGGUCACUUUAAAAGACUCUUCAAUGUACCAAGUGAAAAGAUUAAAGAGUUUGAUAAAAAAUUCAUUUUGAUGUUUAAAAUUGAUGAUGAAGAAUGUUCCGAUGAUGAAUCUCAGUCUGAGAUAAAAGAAAUGCAUUUUAUUGAAAAUGCUCAGCUUGAUGAUAUUUUAGUAGAAGCAUAUCCUAAGAUUAGGGGCAAACUCAACCUUUCUAGUUAUGAUGAGAAGAUUGUGUUUUCUCCAGAAUACAAACAAUAUUUCAUAAACUUACUUCGUGCUUUGGAUUCCGAUCAAGAUAUCAUCCUAAUUGGUGAAGCUGGAGUUGGGAAAAGAUCAAUGGCCAGAUUUGCAACAUUGUUUAUGGGAUUGGAGCUAAUUACCAUUGAUGAGGAUAAAGAAUGGAAAGAGGUCUUCAGAAAUGCUUUACUAGAUGCCAGCAAAGAUGAAGCAGACAUGAUUAUCAUUGUUGGACCUGAACAUGCAUCAAACAAUGAAGCUCUUGCUGCAAUAUCUGAUAUAAGAGCAUAUGGCUUUAGUUGGAGUUUGAUUGAUGAUUAUGAAAGGAAGGAUUUGCUGUAUGCAGAUCAUGAAGAUCCUUUUAUGUCCCUGUUCAGCAAAGCUAAGUAUGAAGAGAUGAACAAUGCACUGGUUGAGAAAGUUAAUCAUAAUCUUAAUUUUGUAUUUUGUUUGGAGGAUCAGGAAUGUGUCUUUGAUAUGGUUCAGAACUAUCCAUUUAUCAUGAGAAACUGUGUUCUUAUCCAUUGCAAACAAUGGUCAGAUGAAACAAUGACAGCUAUAGCUCAAGACAGGUUUGAAGAUCUGAAACCUAAAAUAAGCCUUCCUAUAAAUGAAAUAGCUAAAUGCUGUUCAAAACUACACCAAUUCUGUCGUGAAACUUAUGAAUCAACAACAUCUUCACAGUAUUUGGAGUUUACAGCUUUAUUCCCAGAAAUGUACAAGGACAUGGAAGAGGAGCUCAAUGAGAGCAAAAAGAGCUUAGAGAUUGGAAUUGAGCAGGCAAUCAAAGCACAGGCGCAUAUUGCAAGGCUUACCUCAGAAACAACAUCUAAAGAACCAGAGAUUAAAAAACUGAUUGCAGAAGCAGAACAGCUUACUAAAAGGCUGACACAAGAAAAACAGAAUCUUGAGAAAGCAAGUCAAACCUUUAGGAAAAAAGAGGCAAAAGCAAGAGCCAAGUCAGAAAUAACAGAGGAACUUGCUGCAGACACUCAUCAAAAUCUAGAACAGGCACUCCCACAUUUGGAGUCUUCUAUGGAGGCCAUCAAUUCAAUUGACAAAGGAGAAAUAGCAGAAAUGAGAGGUUUCAAGCAAGUACCAGAACUGGUUCUGAAUGUUUUGGAAGCUGUUUGCAUACUUCUUGGAGUUAAACCAGACUGGCCAACUGCCAAAAAUUUGCUGGCAGAGCCAUCUUUAAUUCAGCAACUAGUGGAAUAUGAUAAAGAUAAUGUAUCAGAUGCUGUUCUAAAGCGGAUAAGAAGAUAUAUUGAGAACCCAAAGUUUGUUCCUGAUGAGGUUGCAAAGGUGAGUAGAGCAUGUUGCUCAUUGUGUAUGUGGGUGAGGGCAAUUGAUUACUAUGCCAAAGUGUUCAAGACUAUAGAACCCAAACGAAUUAAAUUGCUGCAAGCGGAAUCUGAGCUUGCAGAGGCAAUGACAUCUCUGAGAAAGGAAACAGAUCGUGUCACUCACAUUGAAACAACAAUUACUAAUAUUCAACUCUCACAUGUUGAAAAACUGAAACGGAAGACUGCUCUUGAAAACCAUGUUCAUGAGUUGCAAGGGAACUUGGAAAGAGCAGAGAAACUGGCCUAUUCUUUGGAAGAAGAACUCAGAAAAUGGAAAGAACACAUGCAUAUUCUUGAUAGACAGUUAGAAACCCUAUCUGGCGAUUGCUUAAUUGGGGGCAUGAUUAUUGCCUAUGGAGGUCAGUUUGAAUUCAAAGAAAGAGCUCUUGCUAUCAAUGCCUGGAGAGACAUCUGUGAGGAACACAGGAUUCCAAUCAGCACUCUCAGCAUCUUAGAUAUAUUUGAGCCAAUUCUGAACAUUGAUUAUCUUAGAGCAGAUACACUUCCAGCAUUUGAUUUCUAUCAAGAAAAUUGUCUCAUUGUUCAGAAAAGCAAGAAAUGGGUUCUUUUUGAAGAUCCUGAUAAUCUUGCUAAAGCAUGGAUUCAUCAAGCAGAGUGCAACUCAAGGAUAUUUGAGGUUGAUCUCCAUGAUCCAAAUUUGGUGAAAAACCUGAAAAUGUCUUUAAACAAGGGGCACAUUUUUGUCAUUGAUAAUUUUAGCAAAGAUUAUCCUCAAGAAAUUGACAAGCUUAUUCAAUAUGAGAUCUACGAAAGGUUGAGAGUAUUUGUGGGACUAAUAGGAAUACCGGAGAAGAAAAAAGAAUUAAAAGUUCUUGUUGGGUCUUCAGAGAUCACAGUGCACAAAAACUUUAAGCUCUAUCUUAGAUCAGAAAGUGUGGAACACAGAAAACAACUACAAGAAUUUUUGAAAAUUGUGAACUUCAAAAUGAGCUCAGAACUAUUUAAAUCUCAUAUUUUGAAGCAAGUUAUCAGCCUGGAUAAUCCGGAACUAGAAAAAGAAAGACUUGCUCUUUUAAAUAACCAAUUUCUUAGAAAGGAUAAAUUUGAACUGGAGAAAAAUAUUAUUCUGAAGCUACUUUACAAAGCACAAGAUGCUCUGCUAGAAGAUGAAGACCUUAUCAGUAAAAUUACGGAUGCGAAAGCGAGUGUUGUUAAUGCUAUGAAUGCCCAAAGAGAGGCUGAUGAAGCAUCUGAAGAGCUGGAGAAGAAGAGAAUAAAGUAUCUUCCUUUGAUCAACGGGAUAACUGAAGUCUACAAGAUAGUGGAAAAGUUCAAAGAAGUGGAUCCAAUAUAUUUUUUCUCCACGAAGAGUUUUGUUCAAAUUCUGGAGAAGAAUUGGAAAAGCAUAGAUCCUGGAAUAUCCACGGUCGAAAUAAAAGUAAAAGAAUGCCUUCCAAAAGUUCUGAAAGACUUGAGCUUAUUAGUGACACAUGGGCUACAUGCCAGUCACAAGCUAGAAUUUCUUCUGGUCUUUAUCAUAAACGUUGUUCAUGAAGGGGAAUCAGAACUAGAGAAAACAGAAAUGAAAAAUAUUGUAAAAUCAUGUUUUGCUAACUUUGAAGAAACUGACUCUGUAAAAGAUGAUGCAGUGGGUGUAAACGAUUUGAAGGAUGGUCCUUCCAAACGGUUAAAUCACUUCUUAGAAGCUGUAAAAGACAGGUUUUUAAAGAAGCAAUCAAUUUAUUCUGCCAUAACAACAUUCAUUGAAUCUGAGCUAAGAUGUAUUGGAGUCUACCUCGAUGUUGAAGAUCUCACCAAGAGAGUUUAUGUGAUUACUGACAAAUCAGAACCUAUCCUCAUAGUGGAGAAUGGAACUCUUGAUACAUGGUGGCUGAUCGGUAAGCUUACAGCUCAUGCUAAAACUAACAAACCCAGACUUCUUGUCAUGGGCAAACAUCUGGACAGCCAGGAGAUCAAUAAAACGGUUGAAGAUUGUAAAAACUCCAAAACCAUAUUGAUCAUGCAGGGACUGCAUAAUCAAAUUGACGAACUUGCAAAGCUUAAGAUUCCUGAAACUGAUGAAAAUUUCAUGGUCUAUGCUACAAUUCCAAAGGGGAAAUCACUGCCUUAUUCUAUAAUGGUAAAAUUUCGACUUCAGAAUAUAGAUCUGCCAACAACCACCAUCGACCGAGUUGAAGCAUUAUUAUACCUUGUCGCAGAUGAGUUUAAUAUCAACGAAAACCUGAAGAAAGUUGGAUACAAAUCCUUCCUAGCCUGUGUUCUACUCUUCCAUGUGAAAGUUCUAGAGACGGAGAGAUGUGAGGACUACUCGGAUCUAGAGUUGAGACUUCUUCUGGAUACGUUCACCAAGUUUAUGAGAAGAGAUAUACAUACCAGGUACAACUAUCUGACUCGAAUGGCUUCUAUAAUAUAUCAGGUUGAGGAACUUGAUAUAUUAAAUGAAAUUGCUGAAAUUGUAUCUGAGUUUGCACUGGAAGAAGAGUUUUCAAAGGCUUUUGUUGGUGUGCAUAACAAGACUAGUUCAGCACUCUUAAAUUGGGGACAGGAGACAACAGAGAUAGAAAAGUUCCUCAGACAAAUUACAACAGUUCUUAGAACACUAGAUAAACAGAAUAUUGAGGAAAGCAAGGUUGGCGGAAAUCUAAUAAAAUUGGAUCUUAGAAAAAUCCUCGAAUUUUUAUCCAUGCUAAUGGACUAGACAAAGGAAAAUACUAUUUCUGGAAUAAAAAAUUUGUCGGAUGGAGUCAUAAAAAGUUCGAUAUUUGGCCAGAAACUGAAUAAAAGCGUAAAGAAAAAAUAAUUCGUGAAAAAGUUUCAACAUUACACAGUAGUAUUUUGUAUUGUAAACAUUUUGUAUUUUGU